GUAAUUUUCAUGGAUACAAGCUUCCAGCCAAAUCGUCUCUAAAAGUUGAUGCAUGGAAAGGGAGAAGAGAUGAAACAUGGAAAAACACAUCGAGAUCAGGUAGCAAAAAGCUUGCCUGAUUGGGAACAGAAGUUUAUGGCUUACAAGGCAUUAAAGAAGAAAGUGAAACUGAUAAACCCCCAUUCAAGCCGUGGAAAUUUUUCAGAUGGUGUAAACAAUGAGGGGAAUUUACCAACAGAAGACAUGGGCUUCACCCUGUUAUUAGACAGGGAACUCGAUAAGAUCAAUACAUUUUACAUCGACAAAGAGGAAGAUUAUGUCAUCAAAUUCAGAGAACUGGAAAUCAGGGCUGAAAACUUAACCGGUAAUGAAGAAAUGUUGGAAGUGCUGAGGGAAAUUUUAGCUUUUCAGUCCGAGAUGGUGAUGCUACACCAUUUUAGUAUCACUAACUUUCAAGGGUUGAUCAAGAUUGUGAAGAAGCACAAGAAGCGGACAGGUGCUUAUUCUGUGUACUCAUCCUACAUGCCAUGGGAUCUGCAACAGCCAUUCUUAUCUACUGAUUUGCUUUUCAAUCUUAUCAUGGGAUGUGAAGCAAUACUUGACCGUCUCUCUCCCCCGAAUUAUCCUUAAGCCCAAUCUGAUUGAGCCAUUGAAGACAAUCAUA